AUGAAAAUUACGAGCACAUCUUGCAUCUGUCCAGUCCUCGUGUGUCUCUGUUUUGUGCAGAGGUGUUAUGGAACUGCUCAACACAGCUCCAUCAAGGGGACAAGAAACCAAACCAAACACAGCGAAGGUGAAACCGAAGUCCACCACCGUCCCAAAAGGGGAUGGGUUUGGAAUCAGUUCUUUGUUUUAGAAGAACAUAUGGGACCAGAUCCACAAUAUGUUGGAAAACUGCACUCCAAUUCUGACAAAGGUGAUGGAUCUGUGAAGUACAUCCUUACUGGAGAAGGUGCUGGGACUAUAUUUAUCAUUGAUGAUACCACGGGUGACAUCCACUCAACAAAAAGCCUAGACAGAGAGCAGAAGACCCACUAUGUGCUUCAUGCUCAGGCUAUUGACAGACGAACAAACAAGCCCCUUGAACCUGAAUCUGAGUUUAUCAUCAAAGUGCAAGACAUCAAUGACAAUGCUCCAAAGUUCACAGAUGGACCAUAUAUCGUAACUGUGCCUGAAAUGUCAGAUAUGGGUACCUCUGUUCUACAGGUGACAGCCACUGAUGCAGAUGACCCUACCUAUGGAAACAGUGCUCGGGUGGUUUACAGCAUUCUCCAGGGACAGCCCUACUUCUCUGUAGACCCUAAAACAGGAGUUAUUAGAACUGCCUUACAUAAUAUGGACAGAGAAGCCAGAGAACAUUACUCAGUGGUCAUUCAAGCCAAAGACAUGGCUGGGCAAGUUGGAGGGCUGUCGGGAUCCACUACGGUCAACAUCACCCUGACAGAUGUCAAUGACAACCCCCCACGGUUUCCUCAAAAGCACUAUCAGCUGUAUGUUCCUGAGUCAGCUCAAGUUGGUUCAGCUGUUGGGAAAAUCAAGGCAAAUGAUGCGGACACUGGUUUAAAUGCGGAUAUGACAUACUCCAUUCUUAAUGGUGAUGGUGUUGGGAUAUUCUCCAUCUCCACUGACAAAGAGACCAGAGAAGGGAUCCUUUCCUUAAAGAAGCCACUGAACUAUGAGAAAAAGAAGUCAUAUACCCUCAACAUAGAAGGAGCCAAUACACAUCUUGAUUUUCGCUUUUCUCACUUGGGUCCUUUUAAAGAUGCUACCAUGCUGAAGAUCAUUGUUGGGGAUGUAGAUGAACCACCGCUAUUUUCCAUGCCUUCCUAUGUCAUGGAAGUCUAUGAAAAUGCCAAGAUUGGGACUGUUGUUGGCACAGUUUUGGCACAAGAUCCCGACAGUGCUAACAGCUUAGUAAGAUACUUCAUUGACUACAAUGCUGAAGAUGACAGGUUUUUCAACAUUGAUGCCAACACUGGAACGAUUAAGACUACCAAGGUUCUUGAUAGAGAAGAAACUCCAUGGUACAACAUCACAGUUGCUGCCUCAGAAAAUGACAAUCCAAGUUUGCUGAGCCAUGUCACAGUGGUUAUUAGAGUUCUGGAUGUCAAUGACAAUCCACCCGAACUUGCCAGGGAAUAUGAUAUUGUUGUCUGUGAAAAUUCUAAGCCUGGCCAGGUUAUUCAUACCAUCAGUGCCACUGAUAAGGAUGAUUUUGCCAAUGGACAAAAGUUUAACUUCUUUCUUGAUGAACAUCUCUCUAUAAACCCAAACUUCACUCUGAAGGACAAUGAAGAUAACACAGCCAGCAUUCUGACAAGGCGGAGGAGAUUUAGUCGAACUAUUCAGGAUGUGUAUUACCUCCCCAUUAUGAUCUCUGACGGUGGAAUCCCCUCUCUCAGCAGCAGCAGUACCCUCACCAUCAGGGUUUGUGCGUGCGAGAGAGACGGGCGUGUGCGGACCUGCCGUGCAGAAGCCCUCCUGUCCUCGGCUGGCUUGAGUACAGGAGCCUUAAUCGCUAUUCUACUGUGUGUUGUCAUUCUCCUAGCAAUUGUAGUACUUUUCAUCACCCUGAGACGCAGCAAAAAAGAGCCCCUGAUCAUUUCAGAGGAGGACGUGCGGGAGAACGUGGUCACCUAUGAUGACGAGGGGGGCGGCGAGGAAGACACCGAGGCCUUUGACAUCACAGCCUUGAGGAAUCCAUCUGCUGCCGAGGAGCUCAAGCACCGGAGAGAUAUCAGACCGGAAGUGAAACUCACCCCCAGGCACCAGACGUUUUCCACCCUGGAAAGUAUAGAUGUUCAGGAGUUUAUUAAGCAAAGACUGGCUGAAGCUGACCUAGACCCCAGCGUCCCGCCUUAUGACUCUCUGCAGACUUACGCCUAUGAGGGUCAGAGAUCGGAAGCUGGGUCCAUCAGCUCGCUGGAUUCAGCAACCACACAAUCAGACCAGGAUUAUCAGUACCUUGGAGACUGGGGACCCGAGUUUAAAAAGUUAGCUGAACUCUAUGGAGAAAUAGAAUCUGAAAGAACAACUUAG